AUGGUACGAAAAGAAGGUCCAGCUGGUAGCUUCUUUCAUAAAGUCCCCGAUGAUGAUGAUAAGAAAGAAAGUGAUGAUAAUCCUUCAAUUGUUGACGACGAAUUCUCAGAAUUAUUGAGGAAAAGAAAGAAACCUUCGCGGGCAUCGAAGCCGUCAACAAUCAAUGGCAUUCCGACGGCUCAGGCUACGGGGUUUGGGAAGGCGAAACCAGGCAAGCAACGGCCGUCAAAACCCUACACUGCUGUUGGUCCGAGUGGGAUUGAGAAGCGAGGGAUCCCAAACUCGGUAAGUCACCCUGAGACAGACGAUCAGGGCUAUACCCUAUACACCGACGAAAAAACCGGGAAAAAGUCUCGAGUCUUCGAGGCUCUUUUGCAUUAUCCGUCAGACUUCACUUUAAAAAUUGUUGGGGCAAACGAGGGAUCUUUCGUUAGCGAAAUUGUAGCUCUUGUGGCGGAAGCUUGCGAAACAGAACCUGCUAAAAUCGCGCACACCGCAAGAUCGAUAGGAAAAUGGACAAGCGUUACUUGUACUUGCCCUGUACAAAGUGCAGAGAUGGUAUAUGCCAUGUAUGAAGCUGUUGAUCGCGACCCUAGAGUCAAGUUUAAAUUUUAG